ACCAUAUUCACUGAGAUGGACACGCUGCAGCAGGAGGGGGGGGAACUAGAGUGGAAAGAGUCUGCUAGGUGGGUGAAGUUUGAGGAGAAGGUGGAGGAGGGAGGAGAGCGGUGGAGCAAGCCUCACGUCUCCACGCUGACCCUCCACAGCCUGUUUGAGCUCAGGACCUGUCUGCAGACGGGAAGCAUCCUGCUCGACCUGGAGGGCUACUCACUGCCACAGAUCGUUGAUGAGAUCGUGGAUCGACAGAUAGCCGAUGGUCUCAUUGCUCCGGAUCUGAGGGAGAAGAUCAGCUUUGUGCUGCUCAGGAAGCAUCGUCACCAGACCAAGAAGCCCAUCCACCGCUCGCUGGCAGACAUCGGAAAGUCCUCCAACUCCAACUCCAGUAAGUCUGUUCAUAGCACUAGUACAGCUUCUGGGAUCCACCGCUCCACAGAAGAACUACGCUCUCGGCAGUCAAGCAGCCUUAGUCGUCUGCAUCCCUCCCAGAGCCGAAGCAUGAAUGAUAUUUCAGACACACCGAGCACAGACCAGCUGAAGAAUAAGUUCAUGAAGAAGAUUCCUCGUGACGCCGAAGCGUCCAACGUCCUGAUCGGUGAGGUGGACUUUCUGGACAAACCCUUCGUCUCCUUCGUGCGUUUGGCUCAGGCCACGACUCUGGGAGGCCUCACCGAGGUCCCUGUGCCGACAAGGUUUCUCUUCAUCCUGCUGGGUCCUCACGGCAAAACCAAGUCCUACAAUGAGAUCGGCAGAGCUAUCGCUACGCUCAUGGUGGACGACCUGUUCAGUGACGUCGCCUACAAAGCCAGGGACCGCGAUGACCUGAUUGCGGGAGUGGAUGAGUUUCUGGACGAGGUGAUUGUCCUUCCUCCGGGAGAAUGGGACCCAAAAAUACGCAUCGAACCUCCCAAGAAGGUUCCAUCGGCAGAAAUGAGGAAGUCGGUGCUGAACCUGAACGAGCUGGGUCAGAUGAACGGCUCGGCCGGCGGGGCAGCUGGAGGAGAGGACGAGGAGUUUCCGGCUCCACAUGAGCUUGGAGAGGAGCUGAAAUUCACUGGGAGGUUUGGAGGCGGUUUGUGGCUGGACAUCAAACGGAAGAUCCCGUGGUUUUGUAGCGACAUCUACGAUGGCUUCCAUAUCCAGUCCAUCUCUGCCGUGCUCUUCAUCUACCUGGGCUGCAUCACCAACGCCAUCACCUUCGGAGGACUGCUGGGGGACGCCACCGACAACUACCAGGGAGUGAUGGAGAGUUUCCUCGGCACUGCUCUAGCAGGAACUGUCUUCUGUGUUUUCGGAGGGCAGCCGCUCAUCAUCCUCAGCUCAACUGGACCCAUUCUCAUCUUUGAGAAACUGCUUUAUGAAUUCAGCAAGAGCAACGACAUAGACUACAUGGAGCUGCGUCUGUGGAUCGGCCUCCACUCGUGUCUCCAGUGUUUCAUUCUGGUUCUGUCAGACGCCAGCUACAUCAUCAAGUACAUGACCCGGUUUACGGAGGAGGGCUUCUCCAGCCUCAUCUCCUUCAUAUUCAUCUCUGAUGCCAUUAAGAAGAUGGUAGGAGCCUGGAAGUAUUACCCAAUCAACCGCGGCUUCAAGCCGGACUACAUCACCUCCUACAGGUGUGAAUGCAUCGCACCGGACCAGGGUGAGUCUUCAAACCUUCCUGACUUUCCCACUUUCCUCCCCCCCACACCCUUGUCUUGUCUUCUUUAGUUUAACUUGACAGGCCUGGACUGGAGUCAGCUGAGUAAGAAAGAGUGUGUGAAGUACGGAGGCAUGCUGAUGGGUAACUCCUGUAAGUACGUUCCCGACCUGGCCCUCAUGUCCUUCAUCCUCUUCUUCGGCACCUACUCCAUGACCGUUUCUCUCAAGAAGUUCAAGUUCAGCCGCUACUUCCCGACAAAGUUCCGUUCCCUCAUCAGUGAUUUUUCCAUCAUCAUCUCCAUCCUGGUCUUCUGUGGAUUGGAUCUUCUGAUGGAGCUGGAAACCCCCAAACUGCACGUACCCACAGAGAUAAAGCCCACGCGUCCUGACCGUGGCUGGCUGGUGAUGCCGUUCGGUAAGAACCCCUGGUGGUGGUACAUUGCCAGCUCCGUCCCUGCUCUCCUGGUCACCAUCCUCAUCUUCAUGGACCAGCAGAUCAGCGCCGUCAUCGUCAACCGCAAAGAAAACAAACUGAAGAAAGGCUGUGGCUACCACUUGGACCUGUUCUGGGUGGGCGUGCUGAUGGCGGUGUGCUCCUUCAUGGGUCUGCCCUGGUACGUAGCGGCCACCGUCAUCUCCAUCGCUCACAUCGACUCUCUGAAGAUGGAGAGCGAGUCCAGCGCCCCCGGAGAGCAGCCGCAGUUCCUGGGAGUCAGGGAGCAGAGGUUGACGGGCAUUCUGGUGUUUGUUCUCACGGGACUCUCAGUUUUCCUCGCUCCUGUUCUCCAGUACAUCCCCAUGCCAGUCCUGUACGGAGUGUUCCUUUACAUGGGAGUGGCCUCACUGAGCGGCAUCCAGUUCUGGGAGCGUAUCAAGCUGUAUCUGAUGCCGCCCAAACACCAGCCGGACUUCUCCUUCCUCCGCCACGUUCCUCUGAGACGCGUCCAUCUCUUCACCCUCGUCCAGAUCAUCUGCUUGGCUGUCCUCUGGAUCCUGAAGUCCACCUUCCUGGCCAUCAUCUUCCCAGUGAUGAUUCUGGGUCUGCUGGUCGUGAGGAAGCUUCUGGAUCUGAUGUUCUCACAGCACGACUUGGCCUGGCUGGACGACAUCCUGCCGGACAAAGACAAGAAGAAGAAGGAGGACGACAAGACGAAGAAGAAGGAGAAGAAGGGGGCGGAGCCAGAGAGCGAUGAGGAGGUGAGGAGAAUGUUUACAAAGAUGCUGUACACACAAAUAUCAUAUCUGCCAAACACACACAGCUACUGUAAUCUCCAAAGACAACACGAGCGUGUAUUUAUCUAUUUUCUUUGUAUCUACAGAGUUUUUAAAUGUGUGUCACUCCAUCUUGUGUUAGUUGUGUCGCUCCUGGGUUUGUUGUCUCUGACUAAUACUGUACGUUUCUCCUCUCUGUCCCACAGUGUUGCUGAAAAGGCACUGUACAACACUUACUGCAGUCUUUCUGUCCAUCCAUCCUCCUCUUAG